GCCCACCACAUCUAGAUGUCGCUGAGCGUAUCUCAUCAAUACGACAAGGGCCGACUCUAGAACUCUCUGUUCAGCUGCGCCACUAUAGCCGCGCUGACGUUUCAUAUCAUCCCAUCCGUAGCAGCUUUAACCCGCGUACUGCAGCAUCGUACGGAAGGGCUCCGCCGAGUAACAUCUGUUGGUCCUUGCAGUGGGAUAGUGACCUCUCAUCUGGCUGCCAAUCAUCAGUUCAAGCAUCUUAGCGUCCGCUGUCACUUCUCCACAGGCUUGUUUGUUUUAGCGAGACACCAUCUGAAGUAAUGGAAAUGGACGCCCUCCAAGACGUCCACGGACUUUCAGAAUGCAUUGGUCGAGCAAUACAAGAGCAUCUUGAAAGAUCCAACAUCAACCUCACUUGGCCGCAGCUCGACAGUUUGACUCGUCCUAUCCUGCGUGUCGAGGCUUUCCUGGAGGAUGGCAGUACGGGUCAUGCAGGUGUAACAAGAGCGCCAUCCGAGAGAGUUGCAUCGAGGACCUUGGAUCUGACCGGCAUGAGGACCCCAGCUCCCACGCAGAGUCCAACUCCACAUCAACAAGACUAUGAAGAGGUUUCGCCGGAAGAAUCUCCUCAGGAAACCUCGGACCUUUUGCCAGAGCAGGUUCGGGAAAACCGCAGAAAAGGUACCGGCGGCCUACGGGUGUCGCAGAACCAGUCUUCGUUCCAAGAAGACCUUAGUGAGCAUCAACGGCAGAUGCAGGUUGACAGCCGAAGUUUCCCGAAGCGGAAAAAGACGGCAUCAGACAAGUUUGUCUUCCAACCCUCGACUUUAGAUAAGCUCAUCAUCGGCAUCUGGGAACAGGUCCAUGGGUCCAUCAACUUAGACCCUAAAGCCAUCUUCGAGCAAUUUCAAGUCGCGCCAACUGGAUUGUCCAUGGAUGUAGUCCGUCAUGCACAGACAGAAGCGACGCCCACAGGCCUGACAGUACUCAACAACGCAGCAAGUACGACAUGUGACUCCUUUAGCCAAAUGAAUGUCUUCUGUCGCAAGGUCACACAGGCGAGCCGUGUAUGUCGCUCCAUAGAAAUGAUCGUUCAGGCUCGAUGGACAGAGCUAUUCGAGGAGCAGGUGCAGUAUCGGAGCCAAACCAGACCAGAUCUGUCGACCACUAAGCACAGGAAAGCGGUGUUCAUGGAAGCAUGCCAGGAUUUUGGCUGGUCCGAGAAGGAGUUACGCAACAAAAUGGCAAUCUGGCGAGGAUACAAAGAAGUAAAAGACGCAGCCGGCUGGGCAGCACUCGUUUUUGCUGGUAUGGGUAUCUACCGCUUUUGCAAAUACCGCGUAGGUUUUGACAACGACGCCAUGCGACGCCUGAAAAACCUUCGGAAAAGGCUUGAAGUAGCCGCGGACACGCUACAUCCACACUGGCGCCAAUUAUUAGCAAUCGUAGGAGAAUCUCCGACACCUCAGUACCCCGGAAAUCCGCACGAAUGGGUCGUAUUCGAAGAUGGGUCAGAUCCGGUACCACUACGCCAGACGUAUCUGGCCCAUGAUCCAUACUUCGCUUUCGAACAUAUUGAGGAAUCUGUCAUCGAUGAAUCCGCUUGGGGCUGCGAAGAUCCACGCUGGACACCUCAGUCCAGCGCGGUAGCAAGACCAGGUGGGAUUUACAUGUGCGCUCUUUGCAAGGAGCCUCAAUCCGAUAACCCGCAAGAUAACUCGUGUUUCUGCUUUCCCUCUUUAUUUGGAUGUGUAAAGCGUAAACCACCACCUGUCCAAGUAUACCGAACGCCGGACGGUAAGAACAACGGUCUGGUAGCAUUGACGUCUUUCGAUCGUGGUAUGGCGAUCGCUCAACAUCCCUGGCAAGUUACCAGAUUUGGCAGGGGAGAAUGGGAAACUACACUCGCUUCAUCAACCAUAGCUGUAAACCGAAUGCUCAAUCGUCGACCUUCACUUGGUUAG